UACAACUGUGUAGUGUGGCAGAUAAUGCGCACAGGCUGAGGGGAUUUCUCCCCUCACGCCCAGACUAGGGAAAAUCUGCAGUGCCAGUGUGCGUCCGGGACUCUUCCUCUGUAAGGGCAGCAAUGUCACGGUGCUCAUUUCCGAGAAGCUUACUGAGUGCACAGGAGUGGGAAAACCACGUGGAAUGUGUGAUCUGAUGAAUUCCACGACUGCAUCCUUUACAGUGCGCUGGGCAUCUCAGUUUUGGACCGAAUUUGCGCAAUGAAACUUUAUGUGAAGCUCUUACUCAAUAAUGAUGAACAGAGGUGAUGUUUAUCUCGAGCAUGAGCUUUGCAUGAAUUCAAAUGAAUGUAUGUUUUUACACUGCUAGAGAUGAAGGCACAUCGACGAACUAUGAACUUUUUCGUGUGGAUAUUUGUUUUAAACUUUUUCUUGUGCUGGACCUCUGUCAACGCACAGAUGGAGCUUGAUGAGCCUCUCUCUGCACAGGAGCAGAUGUACAUCCUUUAUGAAAUCAAGCUGCAGUGCCACCAGAACCUCUCCAGCAUUGACCCGGGGUCCACAGAUGAGGUGUGCCCCCCUGACUGGGACGGUCUUAUUUGUUGGCCCCAUGGCUCCCCUGGGCUGACUACAAAGGUCCCCUGCCCGUCUUACAUCUAUGACUUCAAUCACAAAGGACACGCUUACAGGAAGUGUGAUGUCAACGGUUCCUGGGUGUUUGUCGACCGCUGGAACAAAACUUGGACCAAUUACUCAGAGUGUCUGCGUUUCCUUCAGUACACUGAUGAAGAAGGGAGACAAGACUUCUUUGAGCGGCUGUACGUCAUGUAUACCAUUGGCUACGCUGUGUCCUUUAGCACUCUGCUGGUGGCCAUCUUCAUCAUUGGAUGCUUCAGGCGUCUUCACUGCACCAGAAACUACAUCCACAUGCACCUAUUUGUUUCCUUCAUGUUACGGGCAGUCAGCAUCUUCGUGAAGGACAAAGUCGUCCAUUCCAGUGCUGGACUGCAGGACUUUGAUUCUGCCCUAUUGGACAACUUAACGCCAGUUAGCAUGGCACCACUGGACAAGUCUCAGUAUAUUGGCUGCAAGGUGACAGUGCUGCUCUUCAUUUAUUUUCUGGCCACCAAUUACUACUGGAUCCUGGUAGAAGGCCUCUACCUCCACAGUCUCAUCUUCAUGGCCUUCCGAUCCGACUCCAAAUACCUCUGGGGCUUCACCCUCAUCGGAUGGGGUUUUCCAGCAGUUUUUGUCUCAGUGUGGGCGAUUGUCAGGGCAACGCUAGCAGAUGCAAGGUGUUGGGAGUUAAGUGCAGGUAACAUUAAGUGGAUCUACCAGGUUCCCAUCCUGACUGCCAUUGGGCUCAACUUUAUCUUGUUUGUGAACAUCGUACGAGUGUUGGCCACUAAAAUACGAGAGACAAACGCAGGGAGAUACGACACCAGGAAACAGUACAGAAAACUGGCAAAAUCCACCCUUGUAUUAGUGCUGGUGUUUGGCAUCCACUACAUCAUCUUUGUCGGGAUGCCUCAUACAUUUGAGGGGCCGAGCUGGGAGACCCGCAUGUACUGUGAGCUGUUCUUCAACUCCUUUCAGGGUUUCUUUGUGUCCAUUAUCUAUUGCUACUGCAACGGAGAGGUCCAGACAGAGAUAAAGAAAUCAUGGACACGCUUGAACUUGGCGUUUGAGUGGGAGGGCCCUGUGGUCUGCGGCCGUUAUCGUUAUGGCUCCGUCGUUGUCGGCAUCAACAACAACAGCACCAGUGGCUCCCACCUGGCAGGGACUGGCCUUUCCACACGCUCCAGCACGCUUGUUUCAAGCCGUGUUCAUCGGACCACAGGUCCCGCCGUGAUCAGCAUGCACGCCACCCUCCCAGGAUACGUGAUCAGUAACUCAGACCCAUCCAUACCUGAAGAACCUGAGGACAGCGGUCCCAAGCAAGUGGACGAUAUCUCGCUCAAGGAACAAUUGCCUGUUUCUAUGACUAGUGCAACAGCAGAGGAUGAGGAGGAAACACUGUAGCGGUCAAAACAUGCAGCAGAGAAGCAUGAAGUUUGUAGUGUAGUGGGUUUUAUUGUAACCCAAUCCAUGUCAUUCAAACUCUAAAGAGGGUAUCAAAGGCAAACAAAACAUUUGACUGUAUGUACAAGAAAUAAAAAAAUGUCUUGUACCCCCAUGAAAAAAAACAUAAAAUACAUGGUUAAAAAAAAAAGAAAAAAACAUAAAUUCUGACCAAUAGUUUGACACAGAUCAUGAACCGUAGAACAUUUUUAGCCUUGGUGUUAGAUGUUGUUGAUCGUUGAUGGAGAUUGUUUGCAUAUUAAUAUAUUUGUAGGAGUGUGAGGGUGAGAAGUGCAACAAGGUGAAAUGCAACUCAACAAAAAAAAAAACACAUCUAAAAGCGUUGGUAGUUUGACCUUCACACACAAUUGUGUUUCAUCUUCAGA